CGUAGUUCUACGAUACUGCAGGAAUGGGAAGUAUCGAUCACAUUUCUGCCUCUGGCGGGCAGGCGUACACGGUCGAGGACACGAUUCUGGGGCAUUCGCGUCCACUCCGUGUCAUCUGUAUCGGGGCUGGCGCGACUGGAAUCGAUCUUGCCUACAAGAUGAAACGUCAUCUCACGUCAUUCGAGCUCCAGAUUUAUGAAAAGAACCCAGAGCUUGGGGGCACUUGGUUCGAGAAUACUUAUCCGGGGUGCGCAUGCGAUAUUCCCGCGCAUAUCUACGAGUACGAAUGGGCUCCAAACCCAGACUGGUCCCAAUUUUACGCCUCACAACCGGAAAUUUUGCAAUAUUUCCGCGACACAGCAAGAAAGUUCGAUCUUGAGAAGUUCAUACGGUUUGGCAGCGAGGUCGUUGAGGCUCGCUGGAAUGAAGACAAAGGCCAAUGGCUUAUCAGGAUACUUGAUCGAUCGACUGGGGCGAUAGCAGAAGACUGGUGCCAUUUCUUCAUCAAUGGUGGCGGAUUCUUGAACAACUGGCAGUGGCCCCAGAUCGAAGGACUGCACUCUUUCCAAGGGUCUUUACUGCAUUCGGCAGCUUGGCAAAAUGAUGUCGAGCUGAAAGGAAAGAGAGUUGCUGUGAUCGGAAACGGCUCGUCAGGCAUACAGCUCGUGACCGCAAUACAGCCAGCGGCUGCACAUCUGACAACUUUCAUCCGAAGUCCUACCUGGAUCGCCACCACAUUAGGUCAAGAUUUCGCAGGCCCGAAUGGAGCCAAUUUUGAUUAUACGGACGCACAGAAACGGGAGUUUGAGGCUCAUCCGGAAAAGCUUGUUGCAUAUCGGAAAGCAAUCGAGGCUGAUUUGAACAGUGGAUUUGCAUCGGCACUCCACGAUUCACCAGAGCAAGCCUUGGCGAGAGAAAACCUGACGCAAAUGAUGCGAGCCCGCUUAGGGAAAGACAAUGGCUUAGCAGAUCGCAUUAUUCCCAGUUUUGGUGUGGGGUGCAGACGACCAACGCCGGGCGUUGGCUAUCUGGAAGUGUUGACGGAGAAGAACGUUCGGGUGGUGUUCGACUCCAUUACGAAGGUAGUCCCGCAAGGUAUCGAGAUAUCAACUGGCGAAGUUAUUGAGCUUGAUGCCAUCGUGUGCGCCACUGGUUUCAACGUCUCCUGGAAACCCCGAUUUCCUAUCAUCGGUCGUAAUAACAUCGAUAUGCGCGACCAAUGGAGCUCCCGGCCGACGGCAUACCUUUCUUUCGCUGUACCAAACUUCCCCAAUUACAUCCUUUACAUGGGCCCCAACGGUCCCUUGUCUCAUGGAUCUGCACUCCCGAGCAUCGAGCACUUCACAAGAUAUGUGAUCAAACUCCUGCACAAAGUACAAACGGAAGGUUACAAAUCGGUUGUGCCCAAACAAAAGGCCCUGGACGACUUCAUCGAGCAUGCGGACACAUUUCUGACUCGCACUGUUUGGAAUGCCAAGUGUCGAUCCUGGCUAAAAGGCGGAAAGGAAGACGGCCCGGCUUUAGUCCAUCCCGGCAGCCGAUUACACUGGUUCCAUAUGCUCAUGAAUCCGCGGUGGGAAGAUUGGGAGUGGACCACAGUGAACCAGAAUAGGUUCGCCUACCUCGGGAAUGGCUUUACAACUAUGGAGGCAAAGGGAAAAGACAAGGCAUGGUAUUUUGGAAACCCGGACCAGGGUUACGAAUCUAUCAUCUGA